AUGGCAAAAAAAAGUAUUGAAAAAAAAAAACCUGUUCAAACAACUCCACAACAAAAAGAAGAGGAUGGAUCAAUUAAUUUGAAAUUAAACUACACUAUUGAUGAAAUUGUAGUUGAUUUUGAAUCUUUUGAUAAGAAGUAUGAAUGCAAUGUAUGUUGCAACUACAUUUUAGAUACCAAUAUUAGAGUAGCAAGACAAUGCCCCAAAGGACACUAUGUAUGUAUGGAGUGUUGGGAAAGAAUUUUAAAAAGUAAAAAGGAGUGUCCACAUUGUAGAACCAAAGUAGAGUCUGUACCAGCACUAAGUAGAAAUAUAUUCCUUGAAAAUGAAUUUAAUGAAUUACUAGUACAUUGCCCAUUUUCAAAAGAAGGUUUAGUCAAGAAUGGAUUGAGUUUUAAUAUUACAACUAGUACAAAUGAUAAUAUUAAAAUCAAUAAAAUUUGUGAUUGCAAAGUUAAGUUUAAAGAUUUAGACAAUCACUUAAGGAAUAAAUGCCAUAGAAUUAUAAAGUGUUGUUGUGGUGCUUAUUUCAAAAAAGAAAACCAUCCAGAUCAUAUUAAACAAUGCCCGGAAUCAAAGAUAAGUUGUGAAAAUUGUUUAAAACCAAUUUCAAAAUCCCUAUAUGAAAACCAUAAAACAGAAUGCUCUGAAUUCUUUAUAGGUCAAAUUAAGGCAUUACAAAAAUGCAAUUUCCCAGAUUGCAAUAUAGAAUUACCAAUGUAUCAAAUGGGCAAACAUAUGGAAUCUCACGUCAACUCUCUUUAUACUAUGAUAAAAGAUCUCUCAAUUCGUAUUGAUGAAAACAAAUUAGACCAUCAAAAAUUUCCUGAUGAAUACUCAUACCAAAAUGAAGAAAAAUAUUUACAAAUAGUUAAAGAAAAUAAAAUUUUAAGGGAAAAAAUUGAAAAUAAUGAAAUGGUAGGUGUUUGGACAAUUCAAGACUAUAGAAUUUCAAAUUUUAUUACAUCAAAAUCAUUUAAUAUGAGUGAUUUACGAUUUAAGGUAAAAUUAGGUUAA